UGGCCGAAGGACAUAACAUUCUUGACAAAUUUGGGCGCCGUCUACUUUGAGCAGGGCAACUAUGAGAAAUGUAUCGAAACGUGUGAGAAGGCGGUUGAUGAAGGUCGUUCGGUACAGCUACCCCAUAUUUUGCCGUUAAUAUCACCCCCUAAGCUUAUCACCUCCCACACAGAUUCGCGCAGAUUACAAACUCGUCGCAAAAGCUCUUGGCCGCAUCGGUAGCGCCUAUACCAAACUUGAUAACCUCCCUCAAGCCGUUAAAUACUACGAAAAAUCACUCACAGAGCACCGCACACCAGAUAUCCUCAACAAGCUCCGCGAAACUGAACGGUCUAAAGCUGAAGCUGACCGACUCGCUUAUAUUGAUCCUGCCUUGAGUGAGGCUGCGAGGGAGGAAGGCAACGCGUUGUUUAAGAGUGGAGACUUUGUGAGCGCUGUGAAGAGCUACACGGAGAGCAUCAAGCGGGACCCGAGUGAUGCAAGAGGUUACAACAAUCGGGCGGCCGCGUACACGAAGCUGGUUGCGCUCCCUGAAGCACUGAAAGACGCGAACGAGGCCAUUAAAAUUGAUCCUAAAUUCGGUAAGUGUGUUGCAAGGAUACUUCAGCGUACAUGGAGUCGAUGCUGAUGUAUGAAACCACAGUCAAAGGAUACAUUCGUAAAUCGAAUGUACUCUUCGCUAUGCGGGACUACACGAAAGCCAUCGAGGCUAUUCAAGAAGCAUCGGAUCACGACGAGGACCACAAGCACACGUCUGAGAUUCAACAACAAGAACAUAAGUGCCAGCAGGCACUCUUCACGCAACGCUCAGGAGAAAACGAGGAAGAGACUCUGCAGCGAGCGAUGAGGGAUCCAGAAGUUGCAAAUAUCAUGAACGAUCCUGUCAUGCAACAGAUUCUCCAGCAAGCACAGGGUAACCCAAGUGCCUUGCAGGACCACAUGAAGAACCCUGGUGUGAGGCAAAAGAUUAUGAAGCUGGUGAAUGCGGGUAUCAUCAAGACGCGGUGAUGAACGGGUGAUGUACAGCGGGCCCGUAAAGCUGUGGUUGGCGAAUCUCUUGUGUACGAUGUAUCUGCUGUGCUGUCGAAGCUGUUUUCGAUAUUAGGAAGUAAUACCGUUGAAGGGGCAAUGUGUGUGUUACGUGUGUAUAUUCUUGGGAUCUUAUUUCAAUGAAGUGACGUUUAAUUC